CUAAUACACUUCAUCCUCUACUCCUGCUCAUUUCUAUUAUCACUCUCUCUUUGUCCGUCUCUAGUUUUUGUUUGUCCUGGAACAUUAAUGCGAGUGUUGGAGCCCAGUUCCGUGCGGGAGGCGGAGCAUCAGUCGGGGGCGUGGUGUAAAGACCCCCUGCAAGCGGGCGAUAGGCUGUACGUGAUGCCCUGGACGCCCUAUCGCACAGAUAUGCUGUACGAAUAUGCUUCCUGGGACGACUACAUCCAAAACAGAGUCACCACCACCUAUAAAUUGCCGAGUCGAGUGGAUGGCACCGGUUUCGUUGUGUAUGAUGGAGCUGUGUUCUACAAUAAGGAACGCACACGCAACAUUGUGAAAUAUGACCUGCGAACUCGCAUCAAGAGUGGCGAAGCUAUUAUUGCUACUGCCAACUAUCAUGACACGUCACCGUACCGCUGGGGCGGGAAAUCAGACAUCGACCUAGCCGUGGACGAACACGGGCUCUGGGUCAUAUACGCCACUGAAGCCAACAGCGGACGCCUCGUUGUUAGCCAGGUGAACCCGUACACGCUGAGGUUUGAAGGGACGUGGCAGACGAGCUUUGAGAAGCGCAUGGCGUCAGAUGCGUUUGUGGCGUGUGGCAUCUUGUACGCCGUUCGUUCCGUGUACCAGGACGAUGACAGCGAGGUGGGCGGAGACCUGAUCCUGUACGCCUACGACACGCGGCGUAACCACGAGGAGCCAGUGAGGAUCCCAUUCCCCAACCCAUACCAGCACAUCUCCUCCAUCAGCUACAACCCCAGAGACAACCAGCUGUACGUCUGGAACAACUACAUCGUCCUGCGGUACCCGCUGGAGUUCAGCCCGCCGCAGCCCACCACAGAUCCUCUCUCGACGCCUCUUCUCUCCACCACUCCUCCGAGUGUGCUCUCCACCACUGUGUCCAUGGGCUUCAGCCCCACUUCCGUCCCAUCCGUGACCUUCCACCCGGUGGGGGCUAUAAACAGGGCUCCGGCGGGGCGGCCCAUCACAGCCACGGUCCCGGUGACCGUCAGGCCUCCGCGCCGACCGCAGGGGCCGCGCACACCCAUGUGUGAGGGCUGGGUGACCCGCGGGGUCCAGUGGCCCCCGACUCAUCGAGGAGAAAGGGUGGAGAGGCCGUGUCCAAAAGGAUCCCUCGGUAUUGCGUCGUAUCAGUGUAUGGCUGAUGACGUGGUGUGGAACCCCAGAGGCCCCGACCUCAGCAACUGCACCUCCCCCUGGGUCAACCAGGUCGCUCAAAAGAUUAAGAGUGGGGAGAACGCAGCACAUAUCGCUGCUGUACUUGUCAAUCACACACGGGGGCGGGUCUACGCUGGUGAUGUCACUUCCUCUGUGCGUCUGAUGGAGCAGCUGCUAGACAUUCUGGACUCACAGCUGCAGGCGCUGCGACCCGGAAACAAGGAGUCAGCCACACGCAACUACAACAAGCUUCAGAAGAGAGAGCGGACCUGUCGAGCGUUUAUUCAGGCGGUGGUGCAGACGGUGGAUAACCUGCUGCGUCUGGAGGCGCUGGAGUCGUGGCAGGACAUGAACGUCACAGAGCAGUCGCACACCGCCACCAUGCUGCUGGACGUCAUGGAGAAAGGAGCAUUUCUGCUGGCCAACAACCUGUACGGGGGUCACUUCAGCGACCGCGCACCCAACGUCGGUACGGCUCGCGCUGCGUCAUAUACACCAGUGCUCAGACAUUCAGCAGUCAUUUCUUCUGCUCAUCAAGGCUGCAUUUGUUUGAUCACAAAUACAGUAAAACUGUGAAAUAUUAUUAAAGUGUCUGCAUCCACCAUCAAACAGUACAGCCGCAAUGGUCAGGUGAAGGUGGUGUUUACGCUCUACAAGAACCUGGGCUCCUUCCUCUCCACUCAAAAUGCCACGCUGAAGACGGACGGCGAGCAGAAGUCAGGAGCACACAGUCUGGCCGUAAACUCCCACAUCAUCUCUGCCUCCAUGAACAAAGAGUCCAGCCGCGUGUUUCUGACCAAACCCGUCGAGUUCACGCUGAGACACCUGCAGCUGGAGAAUCACUUCAAUCCCAACUGUUCGUUCUGGAAUUACUCUGAGCGCUCAAUGACGGGUCAGUGGUCAUCGCAUGGCUGCAGACGUCUGCACAGCAACAACACGCACACCACCUGCGCCUGCUCGCAUCUCACCAACUUCGCUGUGCUCAUGAACCACCAGCAGCCCGCCUAUCCCGGCGGCGUUCAGGGUCUGAUCCUGUUCGUCAUCACGUGGGUGGGGAUGGUGAUCUCUCUGGUGUGUCUGGCUCUGUGCAUCUCCACCUUCUGCUGCCUGCGAGGCCUUCAGAGCGACCGCACCACCAUCCACAAGAACCUGUGCCUCACGCUCUUCAUCUCACAGCUCCUCUUCCUCAUCGGCAUGGACAAGACACACUAUACUGUGGUGUGUCCGGUUCUGGCUGGUCUGCUGCACUUCUUCCUGCUGUCCGUGUUCUGCUGGCUCUGCAUGGAGACGGUGCAGCUGUAUGUGCUGAUGGUGGAGGUGUUUGAAAGCGAGACGUCUCGUCGUAAGUACUACUACCUCUCCGCGUACGGCUUCCCCACGCUGGUGGUGGCCAUAUCCACAGCCAUCGACUACAGGAGCUACGGAGGACCCAAAGCUUGCUGGUUGAGGGUUGAUAACUACUUCAUCUGGACGUUUAUUGGCCCUGCCUCCCUCGUUAUUCUGCUAAACCUGGCAGUGCUGGUCAUCACCAUCCACCGGAUGCUGCGCCACUCCACCGUCCUGAAGCCAGACUCCAGCCGAUUCGACAACAUCAAGUGCUGGACGCUCAGCUCUAUCACGCUGCUGUUACUGGUGUCUCUGACGUGGAUCUUUGGCCUCCUGUUCAUGAACGACAACAGUGUGGUAAUGGCGUACCUCUUCACCUCCUUCAACGCCCUGCACGGCAUGUUAAUCUUCCUGCUCCACUGCGCGCUGCAGAAGAAGGUGCAGAAAGAAUAUGGCAAAUGCUUGCGUCAGUCGUCCUGCUGUGGCCACGCCUCCUCCACCGGUUCCCUCAAGAGCUCCGCCCACAGAGGCAACAAUCGUUACUAUGGCGGCAGUCAAUCACGACACGCGCCUGCACAAAGACAGAGCCGUAUCAGGAGGAUGUGGAACGACACUGUUCGACGGCAGACAGAAUCAUCCUUCAUGGCAGCUGAGAUCAACAACACACCCACACUCACCCGAGGCACUAUGGGUAAUCACCUCCUAGCCAAUCCAAUGCUACAGACCCGCUCUGGCUCCUCCCCUUACAACACCCUAUUGGCUGAAACAUUCAACCCCCCCUCACCAGCAGUUUUCAACGCCACUGGCACGUUCAGAAACUCAAAGGGCACACUGUCACGCAGCCGUGAGUCGUGUGGGCUGGAGGGAGUCCGGCUCAAUGGAAACUACAACAACAGCUACUCGCUUCACGGAGGGAGUUCGGAUCUGCUGGGGGGCGUUCCUGUGGGAUCCGGGGGCGUGUCUGGAGAAGUCAGCCCCGCACUUCUGACACCUAGAGGGGCAGAGCCUGCUGGCGGUGUGAAGCGGAACCUUUCUGAUGCGGCGGCAUUGGAGAAGAUGAUCAUAUCCGAGCUGGUUCAGAGCAACCUGCGGCCUUCCACCGAUCGCUACGGCAAUGGACCGAAUUCCACAAUGCACCGGCAGGACUACGCGACAUCGACAAGUCACCGGGAGCCUCCGCAACGGCCCUUGCCCCGCCCACCUCCGCCGCCCCCACAGGACCAGGAGGAGCUGCUGUACAAAGCAUUGGAAAAGCCACGCCUCCCAGACAAGCCACGCCUACCCGAUAAACCCCGACUGCCGGAUAAGCCCCGCCUCCUGGAGCACGCCCAGUCUGUGUUCUACCAGAGCGAGGAGGACUCGGAGAGCUUCUCGGCGGAAAUCACGGACGCCGUGGGUGGUGCCGGACCGGACUCCGCCUCCCUGUAUGCACGGGACCGUGAUUCUUCUUAUCCUGACAGCAGUCCCGAGGUGCUGGGAUCGGAGCCACACCCCACCCUCCCGCCGGACGAGCUGUACUUCAGCGCUGGACGCCAAGCGCACAUCUCAGCCUUUUACCAGCCUCCGCCUCGCAGGACCAACGACGAGGCUCGGCUGGGACUGCAGCCCUCGCAGGGGGAAGGCGACGGACAGAUGCAACUGGUGACGAGUCUGUGACUAGGGCGCUGGUGACCAGGACACGUAGAUCUGGAGGAGGACAAUGAGGGUGGACGUCUUCAACUUCACCAUCAUCAUCGCAAUUAGCGUCUAGGGCGAAUCUCUCGAAACCAUGCAUCUGGUUUGUAGGUCGCCCCAAAAUCUCAAGUAGGACUUGAUCUGAGUUCUGAUUUCACUUGAUUUUGUAGUGAAAUAUGAGCCGGACGUGUUUCUGUGAGAUUCUCGCAUUAGUAUGAAGCUACUUUCAGAUAAUGAAAACCAUUAUCGUGUGUCCUGAGAUCUCCCAGAAAGAGCAGUGUGCUGAGAGCCUUGGGAGAUCCCUGUUGAGAUGAUGAUGAUGAUGAUGAUGGCAAUGCUGGCUUCCUCCUCCACGUCUCUGUCUCCUGGUCACCCGAACACCCACCCUGAUCAUUUCACUGCCAUCCAAGCACAUCUGUUUAUCCUUUCUGAGAAGAAAUCUUCUUAUCGGGUAGCUUUUCCUCCAUUCAUCCAUCGUCCAUCUCUUCCCUGCUGAGAAAACCAGUUUAAACCAUCCUGGGGUAGAUAUCUGGUCUCCUGGCCUGGGCCAACUGUAACGUUUUGCUGGUUUUUGGAGGGAGACCAUCUGAAAACCACCUUAGGCUGGUUGAAGCUGUUUUUUCAGUGGGAUUUCUUUCAUUCAGGGUGGUGUUGUGUGUGUGAGUGUCAGACCUUUAUCAGAAUGUGAUAACACUUACACCAGAGACCGCAGCUCUUAUACAUGCCAAAAAAAUCCCCCCCAAAAAAUCACACAUUUACACUCUUGGGGAGCAGCUACUGUCUGGAUUACGCUCUCACCAUCAUAGAGGUCAAAGGUUAAGAGUCACAGGUUCAACACAUCAAGCAAAUCAACCAGACUGUUGUUUUUGAGCAGCGUGGCGGAUGAAAGAACAAAAACAAACUCUUGUGCAAUCUGUCUGGAUGCCACCCAGUCAUCUGUGUUAGUGUUCAAGACACUGACCAAUCAUGCUGUUGGGUUUGGAGAAUGUUGACAAUACUCCGCCCCCUUCAUGUGUUUAAGUAGGUUGAUCGAGGACGUGACGUUUAACUUUCUGUAAAUAAGAACUGAGAGAUGUAACAUCUCUGAACAUGCUUUUCUUUCACUUUCGAGUUUAUGGUUGAAAAAAGUCUUAAAGAAUAUGUAGAUGAACUGAUGACACUGUCUCCUCAAUCGGUCUUUUUCUCACUCUGUCCCUUUCGGUCUUUCUCGCUCUCUGAGAGUGUUUCAUGUAAAAAGAUAAGAAAUGUUUUUUAAUCAAAAUAAAACAGACAAAAGCAAA